AACGUUAACGGCCAAAACUGAAUUAUGAAUUUGUGGAGUCCAAUUUUAGAGGCCCAAAAGUUGUAGCCAUAAUCCAAAAAAAGAAAAUAGAAAAAUAAAAAUAAACCCCAAACCUCCACGGCAUGGCUCUCUGCUUCCAAAUCUCCCCUUCUUCAGUCAAAUCCCAAUUCUUGUCUAAUCCCUUCAAUCCCAAAUUCUACACCAAAAAACCCUCCAAUUUUGUCACAAUUUGCUGCAGCCAAAGUGAAGGGGUUGAGAAUGCAACGAGCAAACAGCAAAAGAAGCUGUCCGAACAGUCUUCAUGGGAAGCUGAGGAUUCUGAAGGCAAAGAUUAUCUGUACAGGCUUGGAGCAGAGGCCGACAACAUGAACAUCGCAGUCGGAGCUAGGGCUGGCAUCAUCGAUGACCUCUUCACCGGCAAUUUCCUCGGCAAAGACUCGGAUAUUGUGUUUGAUUAUCGGCAAAAGGCGACAAGGUCUUUCGAGUAUCUUCAAGGCGAUUAUUACAUUGCGCCUGUUUUCAUGGACAAAGUUGUUGUCCACAUGGCGAAGAACUUCAUGGCUAAUCUUCUCAAUGUUAGAAUUCCACUAAUUUUAGGAAUUUGGGGAGGGAAAGGACAAGGCAAAACUUUUCAAACUGAACUUAUUUUCCGUGCUUUGGGAGUCGAACCUAUUAUCAUGUCUGCUGGUGAAUUGGAAUCUGAAAGAGCAGGAGAACCAGGAAGACUGAUACGUGAACGGUACAGAACUGCUUCUCAAGUGGUCCAGAACCAAGGGAAAAUGAGCUGCUUGAUGAUUAAUGAUAUUGAUGCUGGCCUUGGUAUAUUUGGUAACACUCAAAUGACAGUGAACAACCAAAUUGUGGUUGGAAGCCUCAUGAAUAUAGCAGAUAAUCCUACAAGAGUAAGUAUAGGGCAAGGUUGGAGAGAGGCAGACAUUACUCAUAGGAUUCCGAUCAUCGUCACAGGAAAUGAUUUCGCAAGAAUUUAUGCUCCAUUGAUCCGUGAUGGAAGGAUGGAUAAGUUCUACUGGCAGCCCACCCAAGAAGAUAUUGUAAAUAUUGUUUCUAGAAUGUAUGAGAAGGAUGGAAUAACCAAGGAUGAGGUUGUUAGCAUUGUGCGAGAAUUUCCUAAUCAAGCACUGGAUUUUUAUGGUGCACUUAGGUCAAGAACAUAUGACCGUUCAAUCCUAGAGUGGGUAAAUGAUGCCGGAGGCGCUGAAAAUCUUGGUACCAGACUUCUGAAACAGAAAAGGGAUGGAAAACUUCCAGUAUUUACACCUCCAAAGCAAACCCUGGAGGCUUUACUCGAAUCAGGAUACGACCUCAUUAAAGAGCAGAAGCUAAUCAUGGAAACCAAGCUUUCCAAGGAAUACAUGAAGAACAUGGAUGAUGAGCAAGUUUGACAACUCGCUUGCUAUGCUGUUUGUAGAAUCCUUUCUUCUUACACCGUAUAUUGAAUGAUGUUACAACCUUCUUAUCUAUAAUGAGACAGAUAUGCUGAAAUCUUGCAUAUAUGCAUACCGGAAAAGGAGAGAGAUAGGACAUCCAUUAAUAUAGAAAUGAACUGCCAUGAUAUUGAUGAUUUAAUAUCACUAAAGUAUAUGAAUGCACAGUGAGACUCAACAUUUAUGAAUUUUUUACAUCGUCCAUGCAAGUCAUCUACUUUAUGAAAGAUGAACUGUCAUUACUUUUCGACUCAUCUGUAUACCAACAUAUCUAUGAACAUAUCUUGUUAAAUUUGUGAGUAGAAAAUAUAAGAAUAGAGUCUAGAAAUUUUCUUUUGCAAUAUAUUUUAUUUGUAAAAGAAUAGUAUUCAUGUUUUCUUUUCUUUUUUUUCUUUUUUUUUUCCAUUCAAAUUAGAUCCUGUCAACAAGUACAUUAUUGUAAACUCAAGGCAAAUAAAAAUAUAAAGGAGUUAAGUUUACAAAAAGUAGCAGUAGAGAUUUGAUUUCGAUGCAAAACAAAAAUAGAUGGUCUAUAAAUUCUUCACAAUCAACAGAUGGUAAAUAAGGAAUCAUUACUGAAGUUGAUUGUGAAGUAUUUAUAGGUUUAAGCUGAAGUUUAUGGUAAAAUCAUCUAUUUUUGUUUUGCAUCGAAAUCAAAUCUCUACUGCUACUUUUGUAAAUUUAAUUUCUUAUGCUUUUAUUUGCCUUGAAUUUACAAUAAUGUACUUGUUGACGUGACGGGUUCUGAGUUGUGCUUCCUUGUUAGUAUACAAAUUUUAAAAUAAAAAUUAAAUAUAAUCGUAAUAUUAUAAUAAUGAAAUUAUCUUGUCUAUUUUAAAGUGGGGAAAGUGUAAUGUUUUAUUGGGAAAGAGUCAAACCGCCCGAAAAAUCAGAAAAAUAGUCUGCAACACACUUGUCUUGUAGUUACCUUAUUUAUAGAGGUAUAAAUUCCCAAGCAAAAGUCAAAUUUCAUUGAAAUGAAAUCUCAACAGAUUAUAUAGGUUUGAAUGCAGCAGAAUUAAUGAAAGAUCUGAGACCCACAUGCACAACGUGUCCAAAUCUGAAUUUAUUUCAUUAAUAGUCAAUGGAUAAAAUUAAAUAAAUAAAAAGAGGGCACCGCAUAGCAUCAAAGUGAGUUCCGUUAUAAACAUAAAAACAACUCUCUACUGCCACCCUCUGUUCAACAACUGUGUUUGUUUAUAUAAACAUAUUAUCUCUACAUAUAUAUAUAUAUAUGUAUAUGUAUAUAGAGAGGCUUUGAAGCGGCCAUGGAAUGGUGGCGAAGGGUACUGGUUUUCCCUGUUAGGAAAGCCUGGUGCGCUGUUUCUGCUCGUCUCAGACCUCAUAAAAAUGGUGGAGGCCUUGUGAAACUCCACGACGACAUCCAAACAUGUGGAUACGAGGAUGUACGGAUUAUGUGGGAAAUGUUGAGGACCACACAAUCACAACACAAGAAAUGCUGAACAUGUUUUACCAAUAAAUACAUCACCCCAAUAAUAAUUAUGUACAUCUUUAUUGUCUUAAUGUUUAUGUGUAGGAGUCACAUCACCAAUAAGCACAUGCGUUUAUAUAUCUAUCUAAACGCUUUUAUUUCC